UAUCGUUCUUUAUUGACUAUAUGUUCUACAAAAAAGUUUUCUUUGAAGUAAACUGAAUUUUAUAUAAACUAUUGAUAUAUUAACUGGAAUAUUGAAAAAUAAAUCGAUUGAGAUGGCGCCAUUUUAUAAGCGGAUAUGCAGAAAUCUAUCACGACGAUACAAAGAGCCAUCACUAAGUCUAGACAAUACCGUGGAAACAGUGCUUAUCAAAAACGAAGGCGAAUUCGUUAGUGUUGAGCAGGGAAAAGAUUUGAAUGCGAUCACUGGGUUAUCUGCGCGGAAACGAGAUUCACAACAAUUACAGAAUGCACCUCAUCUUCAUCAUCUACAACAACCGGAACAACAACAGCGGCAAAAACGCGAUGAAAACAUAAGGCAGCUUUUGGAUGUAACAAAUACUUUAACGUUUGAAGAACUACGCGAUUUUGAAAUGCGUUAUGGUUCUCCACAUCAUAGUCGUUCCCAAUCUGUUAAAACACCUGGUAGCCGUGCAUCAGGUCGACCUAAUCAAUUAUGCUUACCUCAACAGCGAUCACGUGUUGCUUCUAUGCCGAAUACUGGUGUAGAGGAAGAAUAUUAUAGAUUAAGACAUUUUUCAAUAACAGGUAAAGGCGUAGUUAAUCGUGGCGAUUCACUAAAAAGUCGCCGUAGUCGUUCCAAUAACAGUGUUGCCAGCUCAAAUUCAAGCAGCACUGAAUAUCUCACUACCACGCAAAUACCAGCACCAAAUUCUGCGCGCACUUCUGCACCUUGUAGUUUGGCAUCAAGUCGUGAGAGCAGCACAUCCAAUCCAGGUGGCGGUCCGUAUAGAGUACUUAUGUUGGGCGGACCUGCUGUGGGAAAGAGUUCUCUAGUUUCUCAAUUUAUGACUUCCGAGUAUUUACAUGCAUAUGAUACCAGCAUUGGCUACUGCGACAUUCGCAUUCAUAUUGAAAAACCCACUGACGACGAUGAAUCUGGGGAAAAAUCCGUAUCAGUAUUACUAAGUGGCGAAGAGUCUGAAUUGACAUUUAUCGACCAUGCAUACACAGAAAUGGUGCCCGAUGAUUGCCUGUCAAGUUAUGAUCCUCAUGGCUACUGCGUCAUAUACUCAGCAGCAGACCGUUCCAGUUUCAGCAUAGCUGAGCAUGUUCUACAGGUGCUCUGGACAAAUCAAAAUAUUGCUCAAAAAGCAGUUAUUCUGGUAGCAAACAAAGCCGAUUUAGCGAGAAGUCGACUAGUAACUUCAGACGAGGGGAAAGCCAUGGCUACUGCGUAUGACUGCAAAUUUAUUGAAACGUCAGUCGGCAUUAAUCACAAUGUAGAUGAGUUACUUGUUGGGUUACUCUCACAAAUUCGUUUAAAAUUGGAAAAUCCAGAAAAGUCAAGAGAUUUGUUCAGAAAACGUUCUAUACGCAAAUCCAAAAAGCGGGCCUGUUCACCUUUAAGUGGCGCAUGCUUAACUGGGGGCACAAAUCCAAAUACUCCAUUGGGUCCUACAAACAAUAUUAUGUCAGACUUAAAUACUCCACCAGGAAGCGCCCAAAGCAGCCCACGCAAAUAUCGUGGUUCCCGCACUUCAACAAGUCUUAAAGUCAAAGGCUUACUAGGACGUGUCUGGGCACGAGAUUCCAAAUCAAAAAGUUGCGAGAACUUGCAUGUCCUAUAAACAGAAUUUCUAAAAAUUGUGUUAUACUAGUGUGCGAAGUUGGUUUGAAUGUGAAUCGGGAUGUGCAUAAGAAAGUUUAGUUUAUAUCAGACGACAUAAUUUUAAAAUAUUAUAAUAUCUAUAUAUUAUUAUAUAUAUCUUAAAUUUUCGGGUAUAAUUGCUAGUUACUUUUAACUAGCAACAAUAUUUAAAGAUUUUUAUUUUUAUAU